AUGGUUGAGCCUGCAGGUACCACAAUUAGUACCAGAGAAGAUUGUGCCUCAGACUCGAACUUCGAGGAGGAUAAUGAUAUGAAGCAAGAAGAUCAAGAGGUUCAGGUUCAAGUUGACGGUCAGAGCCACGAUCGAGAUACCGCAAAGAGAAUGAGUGAGAGUAUACCGGGGCAGCCCAACGAUAGUGGGAAGUAUAAUCGCAAUAGCAACGAUGAUGACGCCAACGACGAUGACGAGGUUCAGCAAGGAGAAGUGGGCGCGGGGGGAGAGGCGGGUAAACAAGGAGAAGUCGCCGACAAGGGGUCGUCAAUUAUAGGCGAGUCUACUGCACAAGAAGGUGAACCUGUUGCCAUGGCUGGUGCUAGCACACGAGCGGGUACGAGUCAGAAGAUUAGCAUUAACAGUAAAAACACCAGUAACAUUAACAGUAACAGUAAGAGUAACAUUAACAGUAGCAGCAACAGGUAUAGUAACACUAACAGUAGUGGCGAGAGUACCGCUUGGAACCCGGCAAAUGCGAAGGUUUUUGAUGUCUACAUGGAUAACGGAUCAUCACAAACUUCGCAGUUGCUCGACAUUUUUGCAUGCGAGAACAAUCAUAAAGAACUUUCAGAGUCAAAUAUAAAUUCGAAGAGAAAACAUGGUGAAGAGGGUCUUGAACUAUACAACUCUGGGACAGGCGAACGAUCGCAUGGAUUCUUGGACAAGAUGAAUGAAAAAAAGAUCAAGUUAGAUAGCACAAUUGUUUCUGAGAAGAAACAGCCUAGCUCUUUAAGCUUGCCAAUGGUCAAGCUGGAGCCUCAUCAACAACUACCGCAACAGAUGCAACGGCAGUCAUCUCUGCCAUCAGCGACUCCUCCCCAAGUUACUCAGCUACCGUGGGGAAUGCCUAAUGCACUACCUCACUCCGCUCCAAUUCAUGGAGAUCAAUUGACCACUUUUGGCCAGACAGAUAAAUGGCCUAGUAAAAUGGAAAAUGCUUUCAUUGCUGCUUUAAGAUUAAUUAUUAAAAAUGGUACAUCAAAAUUCAAAAUUUUAGACAGAAAUUAUGGUAGGAAUGAAUUGAUUUCUCUAUUUGUCCAGUAUCAUACAGGUGAAGUUAGAACAAAGAAGCAAAUUUCUUCGCACAUUCAAGUUUGGAAAAAAUCCAUUUCAAAUAAAAUUUCAAGCAACUAUAAAGUUAAUGCUCUCGACGAAGAGAUUUUACUGCUUAUUGAAGAGGGUGCCCCGCAAACCAAUGAAUCAAUUAAAUUAUUCUAUAUGUGUUUUGAAGAAAUAGUUUCCGUUUUAUCAAAACAAUCACAACAUAUGCAGGCGAGAAAUUCAGCAGCAAGAGAUUCAAUGCCACCCUAUCCAUACUUUUUAUCCCCAGCUCAGAGUGCUAAAAAUCCGCUCACCCCAUUUUCUCAAACUGAAUUAUUGCAACAUCAACAACAGCAUCAGCAACAUGAACAUCAGAAUAGCCCCAGACCAGCUACACCAUUGGACUAUGCCAAAUCAAUCUACGGCAGUCUAAAAACUUAUAAAUGUGUUCCAGUCAAAGUUCAAGAUCAAGAUUCAAUGCAUCAUGAUAUUCAACAGCAAUAUCAUCAACCCAUACAAAAACCGCAGCAACUAAGCCAACAACAAAUGUCUCCACAGCAGCAAGAUUCAUUACUGCGACAUCGAACCCAGCAACAGCAACAGCAACAGCAACAGCAACAGCAACAGCAACAGCAACAGCAACAGCAACCAGUAUACGUUAUACCACCACAGAAAAAUCAUUCUGUGCCGCAUUCGAUUUUGCAGUCUGCUAAAGAUUUGGAAUAUCAGCAGCGCCAGUUAAUAGAAAACCUUUCGCAGACUCAAAACCAAUUGAAAUUGCCUUCGGUUUCUCCUAAUCUGUAUAUAAGAAACUUCCAACCACCCACAAUAUCUGCGCAACAAAAGGUGUUUCAGAACUCUUCUCAGCCAAUUGUAUCGCGGUCAAUUCAAAAUUAUACUACUCCAUAUCCUAAAGUUCAGCAUGGUGGAGAGCAAAUUCCCGUUAAUAUGGUGGUCCCCCCUCAUAAAUACUACCAGCAGCCUCAAAUAUAUGUUCCAGUAUCAGCACCUCCUGCUCCUAUUAAUACCAACGGAAAUUUCUCUGGUUUUCCUUCUACUCAAUUACCUAUGAAAGAUGUAACGCAGCGACAACAACAUCCAUCCUCGGACUCAUCAUCUUCUUCAACAACAUAUAACCAAAGCUCUCAUGCUCAAGGGAAAGAAACCUAUCAACUUGACGGAAAUAAACACUGA